AGCUCUUCUUAAGGCCGUACGUAUUCUUUUGUUGUCUUUUCUGUUUUUUUCUUCGUUGGCUGAAACCAACUUGUCCGUUACUUCGACAGCCGAGCCAAAGCACUUCAAAAUCGUUUGCGCCGCGCACAGAACCCUGCGCGCUUGAGUCCCUAUCUUCGUCAAUAUUUGUGCCUUUUCGCGUCUUGUUCGCGUAACCGCGUUGCCAUUGAUUACACGGAUUCGCUUCUCUUUCUGUGCAUUCGCCCUGUUCACGCUAUACGCUUGCACUGCGCCUUCUCUUUCUUUCUCUCUCUCCUUCUACAGUAGUCGUUUCAAACAAGCUCGCGCUUGCUGCCGCUGAAGAAGAAAUCUGCGGGGGUUGCAACCUGCUGCUCACCGCUACUGCUGCAGGGUCGCGUGUGUGUGUGUGUGUGUGCGUGUGAUUAACUGAGGCUUCCUCCCCUCUCUCCUCCUCCCCCUUUCGUUUACAAAAUGGACGUCAGUCGUCAAAACUCGACGAUGGCGCUGCUGCGCCGGCUCAUGCCGAUCGCCGACCCGAGUGUGCCAGGUUACGUACCGGACCAUUUUGUCCAGCUGUGCGACGGCAUCAGCCUUUACGCCGCUCUGCGCAUUGUCGCGCCGAGUAUGUUUCCCCCCACCACCAUCACCGCCGUCACAGACGACGACGGCGAGGAGUCGACGGCGAUGCUCUCCUUAACGAGCAGGGCCUUCGAAGCGGACCCGCAGAUGCGCAAGGCAAACCUGUCGGUGUUGCUGCGACGCAUCGCCCAGUACGCGCGGGACGACAUGGAGCCGUCAUCCACUGCUCUCUCGAUUACGGACGGACUCGACGCCGCCUCCUUGGCUGAACUCGUCGGCGACGGCUCCGAGGGCGUCGUGGCGGCCGCCCCGGUUUCCGCGCCGUUGAUGCAGCUGGCUGGUGCCGCCGUCACCCUCGUCGUGCUGAGCGGCGUCCAAACGGUCCUGGCAGAGGUGAAGUCGCUUCCGCGGCAGGAUCAGGUAGUGCUGUCAAAUUGGGUGCGCGAGCGCAUGGGCGUCUAUGGCCUCAAGCCGCGUCGCCACGGCGCGCCACCCACAGGUGGGGCCAUCGUCGGCAACAGCGGUUCUGCGAACGCGGCGGGUAGUCCCGUAGCGUCGUCGCCUACCGCAGGCCAUGGAUCGCCUCUGCGAGCUGCCCCCGCGCCAGCACCGUCCGAUGCUUUUCCGAAUGGCGGCGUGCCUGCGAGCAACAGCGCGCAGCCCAUUCCCACCACCCGCCUGUCGUCUGGCGAGGCGGAGGAUGAAGGCUACUACCGCAACGCCACUUACCAGCUGCGCAACGAGCUCACCGAGAUGAAGGCGCGGCUGGCCGCACUGCAGGACCAGUGCCGCGUUGCGACGGAGGACAAGGAUACGGCUGAAAAGAAGUAUCGCCUCCUGCUGGGUGAACAGGCAAAGGCGUCGACGAUGGUAGCCGCCACAAGAGCAGCUGUUACCUCGGCAGCAACGGAAGGUGGUGACGGUGGCGGCAGCAGCGGCGGCGGCGAAAAGCAGCAGCAGCUUUUGGCACUGUGGCAGGAGCGCUGCAACAAGAAGGACGAAACGAUCGCGAUGCUGGCGGCGCGAGUGGAGGAGCAAACGGCGCAGGUGACGGCUUUGAAGGACGCCGCAUCGGCGCACGAGGUGGCUCUGCAGGCGUUGCGGCGCCGGCUCAAGACAGCGGAGGAAGGCGUGAUGGUGCGGUCUAACGAGAAGCGAGACGCUGAAGAAAAGCUGACGGUCGCCGAGGACAAGCUCGCUGCGCAGCUUAAGGCACGUCUGGAGCUGGAAAAUCAGUUGGAGGAGCUGAACUCGCGUGUGCUGGUGCUGACCGUGGAGCAGGACCGCCUGCGUGGGGUGGGCAACAACGACGACAACCCAGCGAUGAACACCUCCUUCGCCUCCAACGGAUCCGUCGACCGCGUCAUGUCACUGGAGAACGAGUUGGAUGAGGUGCGUCAGCAGCGGGACGGCCUUCAGCGACAAGUCGGGGUCCUCCAGCGGCAGGUGGCGGCGAUGCCGGCACCCGUGGCGGACGUGUCCACCGCCAACGACACCUGGAGAGCCCAGUUGCGGCAGGUCGAGCGAGAGCGGGAGGAUCUGCGCCUGCAGCUCACCACCGCGCUGGAGCGCAACGGUGACUUGCAACAGCAACUCGCCGCGAGUGCGGCCGCCGCUGCCACCGCUGCCGUGGUGAACCUCGGCCUGAACGCCAGUCGUGCCAGCAACGGAGAAGGCGUCAAGGACACGAAUGAUGGCGGUGGUGAUGUGGCGAAUGGCGGCGAGCUGAACACGAGUUCCCUCAACGUUGACUCGCCGCGGCGACGGACGAACAACGGCAGCAUCAGCGGCAAAACCCGCGACGCCGCGCGACGCGAGCAGGUGAUUCUCUCCUCCCUGCUACUUCAGUACGGCUAUCGCAAUUUGCUGCUGCAGCAACACGAGACGCUGCUUCACAAGGACAAUGCGGAAGCUGAGGUGGCGCGUCAGCAUCAGAUUGAGGAGCACCUUGACAUUGCGCGCCAAGCCCCCUUUUCGCUGUUGACGAAGCAGAGGCGCGAUGUGGAACAGGGGCUGUUAGAGUCCGUUUUGCAUGGGGCAAAGCUGCGCAUGAUGCGUGUGGAGCAGUGA